AUUACUUUUAUUUACUACUUAUAUUUAUAUCUGAAUAUUUAUCUCUAAUAUGUCAAAAUUUUUUUAAACCUAAAAAUUUAUUCAAAUGUAGAUAUUUUCAACUUGGUUUAAUAUUAGUUUUUUGCAAAUUUGAUAUUUAAAAAAAUUUAUUAAUAAUUAUAUGUCAACGUUACCAACAGCUAUUCAACAGACGUAAUAAUGUCAACGGCUUUUGGUAUCAAAUCAAACUGCAUUAAGGAUCCAAAUAAUGAGUAUCGAACUCAGGGAAACAAAAUUAUUGAUAUAAACUCUAUAAAGCUUGCCAUGGCAAUCUUUGCGCCACAAAUCAUGGACUUCUUUUCUAUUCCUUUCUUUCCACAAUCUGUCACCGACUUUUAUAUGAAAAUGUUUCGAGAGACUGUGGAAUACAGGCAAACUAAUCAUAUCGUCAGACCUGACUUUAUGAACUUGCUCAUACAACUCAUGGAGAGGGGCUACGUUGAUCCUGAAGAUGACAAAAAUACGUCCAACGUUUCAUGUUAAUAUACACAGAUAACGUUUAUUAUUAUAUUUAUAAUAUAUCAUGUUACACUGACAGAAAUUGUUUAGUGAGAUCAACCAAAUAAAUUUUGUUGUUACUAAAUUCCAAAAACAUUGCAUACAUUUAACAAAACUUUUUAUAAUUAGUUGUACAAAAAUAAUGUUUGGGUUGAAACAACUACAUAUUUAGUAGUUAUAACUGUAAAAUUGAUUUGAUCACUAUAUAUGUAUCUAAACUUUGAUUGAGUUCAUCAAACAUUUUUCUCAGUGUAAAAGAAUACGUACUUAAUAUUAUAUAGCAGAGUUAAAUUAAAUAAUAACAACUAUUUUUUUUAAACUUCUUUUUACAUAAAAACGUUAACAAAACAGUUAUUUUAUUUAUCCGCAGCAUC